UUCAACCAUAAAUAGCAAUCCUUUGUGUUGCUAAUUCCAUUUCUUGCUUUCCCUCACUCCUUGAAAAAUCUCUCAAUGGCUGAGUUCGGAAUUUCGAUUGCUGAAAAACUUAUGGAAGCGAUUGGGAGUGAGAUGAUCAAAGAGAUUUGCGACUUGUGGGGCUACAAAUCUCAACUUGAAGAGCUCAAAGACAAUGUGUCGACCAUCAAGAAAGUGCUCCUUGAUGUAGCUGAAGCUAAGCGAGAGCUAUCAAACGAAGAACAAGACUUCACCGAGAAGCUCAAGGAUGCUGUUUAUGAUGCUGAUGAUCUAUUUGAUGAGCUUCAUACACUGGCUGAGCUACAAACAACUUAAACCAUUAAGCAAGCGCGGUAAGUUCUUUGAAAAGGUACGUUGCUUCUUCUCUUCUAAGAACCAGGUAGGUCAAGCUUACAGGAUAUCUCGUGAGGUUAAGAACAUUAUGAAGAGGUUAGAUGAUGUUGCCCAUAUCCAUAACCGAUAUAGGUUUCAUGUUGACUACAAACCUAUCAGUAGGAGAACAGAUCUCGGAACUUGUUCUUAUGUAGAUCCACAUAAGAUUGUUGGGAGGGAGAAUGAUAAGGAGGCCAUCAUAGAUUUGUUACUAAAUCCCAAUGUGAAUGAAGAUUUUUGUUCCUUGACUAUAGUAGGUGUUGGAGGGAUGGGAAAAACUGUUGUCGCGCAACUUUUGUAUGAUGAUGAAAAUGUUAUAAAGGAGUUUCCUACUAGGAUUUGGGUUUGUGUCUCUGAUCACAUUGAGGAGAGCUUUGAUGAGAACGAAGUCCUUUGUAAGAUUUUAGAAUCAACUACUCGGCAAAAAAUUGAUCGCACCUCGAUGGAAUUGAUUCAAUAUCAAUUUCAACAGGAAUUAAGAGGAAAGAAGUACUUACUUGUCCUUGAUGAUGUAUGGAAUGAGGAUCGUGAGAAGUGGCUUAAGUUGGAAAGUUUCUUAAUGUUGGGUCAUCGGAGUAGUAAGAUUGUUGUUACCACACGUUCUAAAAGGACGGCAGAAAUCAUAGGAAGCAAGCAUACGUUCGAGUUAAAAGGUUUGUCUAAGGAACAUUCAUGGCAACUCUUUGAAUUGAUGGCAUUUAAACAACGAUCAGAAACUGAUGAAUACUCUCACGAAUUCGUUGAGAUUGGGAAAAAUAUUGUUGAAAAAUGUUAUGGAAGUCCUCUUGCUAUAAGGGUCGUAGGAAGUCUACUAUAUGGUCAAGAAAUUAGUAAGUGGCAAUUGUUUGAAAACAUUGGAUUAGCAGAAAUUAGGAAGGGUGAUAAUGAUAUCAUGUCUGUAUUAGAACUUAGUUACCACAAUCUUGAACCCUCAAUGAAGGCUUGUUUUAGUUAUUGUGCAGUGUUUCCCAAGGAUUUUAAAAUAGAGAAGGAGAUGCUGAUUAGUCUUUGGAUAGCCCAUGGAUUCGUUGUGCCGUUAGACGAAGGCCAAAGUAUAGAAGAUGCUGCCAUGGAACAUUUUAUGAUUUUGUUGCACAGAUGUUUCUUUGAAAAGAAAGUGACGACAUAUAAAGAUAGUGAUGUCAAUCCUAUUAAAAUCCAUGACUUGUUGCACGAUGUUGCUCAAAAUGUGACGAAAGGGGAAAUUCACGUGACGCACUCCAUUAGCGAUAACUUGGAAGAUAAAGUUCGACAUAUACGUUAUAUCGGUGAUAAAUGUCCACAAAUUAGCGCUAUAGGUAGUAGUAAGCUUCGUUCUUUUUUUUGUUCGUCUAAGGAAACAUCUUUUGCCGUGGAUACAUAUGUAGAAAAAUGGAUAUUUCUAAGGGUGUUAGACUUGUCUAGUUUAGGUAUUAGAAGUCUGUCAGGUUCGAUAGGUAAGUUGUUGCAUUUAAGGUAUCUUAAUAUGUCUUAUAAUGAAGAUCUUGUGGGACUCCCAGAUGAGAUUAAAAAAUUACAUAAUUUGCAGACAUUACUUCUACGUUGCUGCAAAAGUUUGAGUGCGUUGCCAAAAGAUUUUUGCCAAUUGGUUAAACUUCGUCACUUGGAUUUAAGUGGUUGUGAUAAGUUGAUUUGUAUGCCUUCGGGCAUGGAUAAGCUGACUAGUCUUAAAGUGCUACCGAAUUUCGUGGUGGGUGGUGAAAAUUCAACUGCUCACAGUGAUCAUGAUGAGCUUAAAGCCCUCAAAUGUCUCACCGAGAUAAGAGGAGAGCUUAGCAUCAAAAUUGGUGAACAUUAUAGAAGACCAGAAGCCAUGAUUGAGAAGAGCGGAGGGUAUUUGAAGAGCAUGAAACAUCUGACGAGAGUUGGGAUCUCAUUUGAGAAUAAACCGGGUAGAUGUGUAGACCAUGAUGAAGCUGCAAUGGAAGCCUUGGAGCCGCCUUCAAAUCUGAAGCGAUUAACCAUCUACAACUACAAAGGCACAACAAUUCCAAGGUGGGGAAGAGCAGUAGAUAACUGGGCCAUUUCCCUCUUUAGGCUUGUCGAUAUAUCUCUUCAAGGUUGUUCAAAUCUACAAGAGAUGCCUAUACUGAGUAAACUGCCAAAUUUAAAAGCACUUGCUCUUCAUUCUAUGGAUAAGUUGGAGUACAUGGAGACGAACAACAACACCGACACAAGCAAUGCAGACACAACAACGUUCUUCCCCUCACUUCUAACUCUUGGAUUAUAUGGAAUGCAAAAGUUGAAAGGAUGGUGGAAAGAGGACCAACCAGGGGUCGAUGAUCAUCGUCAGAGUUUCGGAUUUCCCUUUCUACGUCAAUUAACGAUUGGGAGAUGCCCGAAUUUGACGACAUUUCCUGCCUGUCCAAGUCUUGAAGAAUUGGAAUUGUAUGACAACAAGAUGCUGUGGAGUUCCUUUCCUCAAAACCUCCGCAUUCUAAAAUUCAAAUACCUAUCAAAUAUGACUAGUCUUCCGGAGGGAAUUCAGUACUUGAGCUCCCUUCAAAGCCUCGAACUAUUUAGGUGUGAUAGAAUAAAAGCCUUACCAGAAUGGAUAAGCUGCUUAUCAUCUCUUCAAUCGUUGUCCAUAUAUCGUUGUCUUGCCCUCAAAACACUUCCAGAAGCAAUGCGAAACCUCACCACCCUUCAGAGACUUUACAUAGGAAGAUGCCGAGAUCUAGAAGAAAGAUGCAAAAAACCCAACGGAGAAGACUACCCUAAAGUUCAACACAUUCCUAGCAUAUCAUUGUCUAUUGACGGUCGAUACUGAAACUACAGAGGUGUUACACAGUUAGAUUCUGGAAAUAAAUGACAACUAAAACAAGCAUAUGGAGACAAGAAGUUGGUGAAUCUGCUUCUAGCUUCCUAUUUUAAAUGCCAAAAAUGGUAGUUCCAACUUCCCAUGCUUGCAAAGAAUGCACUAGCAAUACAGCAGGUUAUCUCGAUAAUUACAACUCGUCAAUGAGAUGGAUGUUUCUGCUUCUGAGUUUUACAAAUAACAACUAAAUAUUAAGCAUGAUGUUUUAAGUAGAAUUUGAGCCUUUAUUCCAAAAAGAGUAAGUGAGAAAGAUAGAAAGUGGCUUACUGAAUUGUAAAUAGGUUGUCUAUGUUUUUGGGCCUUUUGGCUUGGUGGAGUACCUUCCUACAUCUCCCAUUGGGUUUUGUAAUAGAUAUUGAUGUAAGGUGUUUGGUUUGACAAGUAGUGAAAUCUCCUUUUAUUGAUGAAACAAAGUAACUUCCUCUGUUUUUGUUA